GAGAAUGCAGGGAUGUUUGAUGCUUGUUAGGACAUGACUCCUGUACUUGCCCAUUUGUUCAUCCUCCAACCCCUCUUUCUUCCAAAUUCCAUGUAGCAUAUUCUGUCCAGGAAGCAAGAAGACUUGCCUGGAGGCAUACUCAUUUUCCCCAUGCCUCUUUGCUAUUUGUGGAAAAUAAAGCAUUCUAUAGGCGGAGCUAGUGAACGCCUCUUUUAAAACACGAGUCUCCACACUUCCCUGUUCACUUUGGUUCCAGCAUCCUGUCCAGCAAAGAAGCAAUCAGCCAAAAUGAUACCUGGAGGCUUAUCUGAGGCCAAACCCGCUACUCCAGAAAUCCAGGAGAUUGUUGAUAAGAUUAAACCACAGCUUGAAGAAAAAACAAAUGAGACUUACGGAAAAUUGGAAGCUGUGCAGUAUAAAACUCAAGUUGUUGCUGGAACAAAUUACUACAUUAAGGUACGAGCAGGUGAUAAUAAAUAUAUGCACUUGAAAGUAUUCAAAAGUCUUCCCGGACAAAAUGAGGACUUGGUACUUACUGGAUACCAGGUUGACAAAAACAAGGACGACGAGCUGACGGGCUUUUAGUAGCAUGUACCCAAAGUGUUCUGAUUCCUUCAACUGGCUACUGAGUCAUGAUCCUUGCUGAUAAAUAUAACCAUCAAUAAAGAAGCAUUCUUUUCCAAAGAAA